CUUCGCGGAAUCAGAGGAGUGCAAAGGCCUACUGCAACUCCUCGACGUCCCCCCUCUCACGCCCACCUCCCCCGCGAGCGCGAAAACAGUGCAAGCCAAACUCGUCCGCUGCAUCGAGCACGAUCUCCAGCACGUGCGCAAAGAAGAGGAGGGCACGAUGAUGCGCAAAGCGGGCUUUUGGCGCUGGGCGAGCAGAAAGGCGUAUAAUCGCUUGGUGGAGAAUGGGCGGAUUUGGAGUGCUAAGGGCUCCGAGGCGGGGAGUAAGGGGAGUCGGACGGAGUCUGCAGGGGAGGGGGAUGAGGGGUUGACGGAGGGGGAUGAGGGGUUGACGGAGGGGGAUACGGAUGUUACUACUCCCGACGACGAAGAAGCAGUCGAUGCCGAGCUUGGGGCGCUGAGUUUGGACUUGACUACCGCGGUGAAGAUUGUCGACGUCGAGGAUGCGGCUGCGACGGCGUCAAUGGCCGAGGAUGAUGAUGCUGCUGCUGCUGCUGCUGCUGCUGACGACGGAGGUUGGAAAACCGUCGGUCCGCCUUCGGGCAAAAUACCCACUGGACGAUUCUAUCGCAAGGCGCCGCCUGUGGGCAAGUUGCAGCUUGUGCAUAAUGGUGGGCUCGAGCAGUUUGCUUCGCCGGUGAAGCCUGCGAGACGUCUUCCGCGUGGGUUUGCUGUGUCGUGGGACUAGUCGAUGGGGUUGGGCAGGACGCUGAUUGGAGGAGGAUUCUACGAGGAGAGAUUGGGCAAAGACGGUGCGUCGCAUGGGUUUCUUCGUCUGGUGGAGUGCUCUUGGGGACAGAGAUGAGACGGUGAGAAGGUCAGGCAUUGGGGCUGGAACCCUUUGCCUUCUCGCGUUGAUGUUAGCACGGCGUAUUGGGAGAGACGAGCGGUGGUAGC